AUGCUCGCCACUCAACAACAUCAACAACCUUCAAUCAAAAUGACUGCCACUGAAAAAGAAGCUCAAAUUAUGGCUGAUAUUAAAGCUAAUGCUAGAAAAUUUGAAAAUAAAUUCGAAGGUUCAUUCUUGGGCGAUUACUUUGGAUUUGCCAUUAGGAAAUAG